AAGCACAAAAAAAAAAAGGAUAAAAAGAGGAGAAUACGAAAGCCGAAAAAAUAAAAUCGAGAAAGAGGAUUACCCGAAGAAGAAAGCACCGCCUGACUGCAUUCUACCCGUCCCCAUUCCUUAUUCCCUCUUGAACCCUAUACGCCUCCUCCCCUGCAAAUCUAAGCUAUCAUCUCUAUUUUAAUAUUAACACACACCCACCAAUCUAAUCAGCCAUGGAUGAUAGUUGUGCGGUGUGUGCAGAGACCCUCGAAUGGGUUGCCUACGGCCCUUGUGGUCACAAAGAUGUUUGCUCUACUUGUGUCGUUCGUCUCCGUUUCAUCUGCGAUGAUCGUCGCUGUUGUAUCUGCAAAUCUCAAUCCGACGUCGUUUUUAUCACCAGGGCUUUAGGAGAUUACACGAAGAUGAUAAGUGACUUCUCUGUAUUGCCGGCGGAAGUGAAGGAGGGAAGGGUGGGUCAGUACUGGUACCAUGAGGAUACGCAGGGAUUCUUUGAUGAUUUGGAUCACUACAGGAUGAUCAAAGCAAUGUGUAAACUUUCAUGUGCUGCGUGUGACAAGAUGGGAGAGCCGCAAGGUGAUGGAUCGAGGAGAAGCAGGAAGUUUCGGAAUAUUGGGCAGCUCAAGGGUCACUUGUUUCACCAGCAUAGAUUAGUCAUGUGCAGUUUGUGCUUGGAAGGAAGAAAGGUAUUUAUAUGUGAACAAAAGUUGUACACAAGAGCACAAUUGAAUCAGCACAUUAAUUCUGGAGAUUCUGAGGUGGAUGGAACUGAAAGUGAGAGAGGUGGGUUUAUGGGGCACCCUAUGUGUGAAUUCUGCAGAACCCCGUUUUAUGGGGAGAAUGAGCUGUAUACACACAUGUCGACUGAACAUUACACCUGCCAUAUAUGUCAAAGGCAGCACCCUGGACAAUAUGAGUACUACAAGAACUAUGAUGACCUCGAGAGCCACUUCCGCCACCGCCAUUUUCUAUGUGAAAAUGAGUCCUGCCUUGCUAAGAAGUUCGUUGUCUUCCAGACUGAAGCUGAAAUGAAGAGGCAUAACACAAUGGAACACGGUGGGCACAUGUCUCGUUCUCAACGUAGUGCUGCUCUGCAGAUACCUGUCAGCUUCCAGUAUAGGCGAAGCAAUGAGCAGGAUAAUCGUCGUGGAAGAGGACGAGGACGAGGACUGGUAUUUCAGCAUGAUCGUUCAGACGCUGAACUCUCAAUGGCCAUUGAAGCAAGUUUAGACACGGCUAAUACAGAUAUAUUUCCUGCUGCAUCAUCAGGAAGUGCACAAGUAACUAACAUUGGAGAUGCCAGUGAUUCAAUUAUUCAAUCAUUUGAUUCAUUAGCUACAACCGACUCUGAACCACCUACACGAUAUCUUCAAGCCUUGUCACAAAGAUCAAGGAUAACUCUACAAGAAUCUUCCUUUCCUCCCCUCGUUACGGCCCCUGAAAGUAAUCAACAGAAGACAAACCAUGAUCCUGAAGGGUUACCGAAAAAUUCCAUGGUGGAUCAUCUACGUCGGCAGAAAAAUAAAAAUGCGAGGACACCAUCAUCUAGUCAGGCAUGGCCAGCUGCAGUAGGUAACAAUAAAUCUACUGGAGCCCUUACUUCAACUCAGGAAUGGCCAGCUGCAGUAGGGAACAAUAAAUCUACUGGAGCCCUUACUUCAACUCAGGAAUGGCCAGCACCAGUGUCAAAUAAACAGAUUGAUACCUUCAGUUCAAGUCAGGCAUGGCCAGCAGCAGGUCGCGGACCUCUGACAUCAGCAAGCAGUAAACAAUACGCUAAAGCCUCUGCAAAUGUUAUGCCUGGGUCCUCAUCUGAUUCUGUUGGAAGUAAACCUGCAAAAAACAAUGGGCCCGCAACAUCUAGUUAUUUAAGUCUUGCACAAGGCCAGCCUUCCUUACUAAAUGAGCCGUCCUCCAGUUCUUCAAGCUCUUCAAGAGGUGGGAGUGGCUCUAGCAGGAUUAUCCAUUCCUCGUCAGCUCCAAAUCUGGUUGAAGCUGGUUCUUCUGAAUCUGACUUUCCUCCUGUUUCUGCAAUGAAGAAGCAACCUUUGAAUUUACAGGCCGUUUUAAAUGUUGAAGAUGUGCAAACUGCCAACAAGUCUUUGGUGGAGAGGAUACAUGCAGGUCUAUCAUUUGAUCAAGACAAAUACAUUGCUUUCAAAGAAAUAUCUGGAGAAUUUCGCCAAGGUUUAAUGGAUGCUAGCACAUAUUUAAUGCAUGUGCAUCAGUUUGGUCUAACACAUCUUGUUCUUGAGCUAGCCAAGCUCUGUCCGGAUGCAGAGAAGCAGAGAGACCUUGUUGAUACCUUCUAUGCCAAUUUUUCAACCAAUAAUAAUAUACGAGAAAAUGGAGGCAUGAGCUUAAAACAAAGUAAUGGGGACAAGAAAGGCAAAGGGAAGUCUAUUGGUGCGUCAAGUAGUAGUUCAAAGGAUAAGUUGGCAGACGAGGUUAUAAGCACUGUACGAAAGCUGCAGUCAAACUACAAGGCCCCUGUAGAAGACGAGGUGGAGAUAUUAUCGAAGGAUGGUUAUCGAGCUGCAAGGGGAAAAUCAAAUGUCAUCAUAAAUGAACCACAAACAGUAGCGAGGACAAGUGAUCGGUCAAUGCUGAAGGUGGAGAAUAGUUCUCAUUCUGUUGAUGACAGAUAUAAUCUAAAUUCAGGAACCGCAGAUGGUAAAAAUAAGCAGAAGAAAAAAACAUCAAAGUUCCAUAGGGUGCGAUUAGGGGAUGGCUCAAUGGCAUCCCUUUUAGAUUCGAAGAGCUCUGACACAGAUCCCGAACCUGAGUCAGAGUCGGGAAAAGCAGCUUUCAAUGGUAAUAAGAACCUUGAAGGAUUGCCUGUACGUGGUGUAUGGAGGAACGGUGGAGGUAACAAGCUUUUGGCCAAGACUUCGAAAGAUGCCAGGAGAUAAUCUAAACCAACACACCAUAGCCGAAGGGCACAUCUUUUCUGAUUGUUACUGGCCUGUUCUGUUUAUCCUUCUAAAAGGGAUCAAGACGGGAAGCUCUUUUUUGUUUUUGGGAAUUCAAGCUUUCCUUUAAAUCAUUUUUUGAAGUUUCAAAGAAGUUCAAGCUUUUUUAAGUUAGUUCACGCCUUUGAGAAUAUUGAUAUAAUAUACAAGGUCAAACAGGCCACUUGUUUUUGGAUUUUUGUCGAAUACACUGCAGUUGCAGGGUACUGUGAAUUUGGGUGAAGUUUGUAGUGGCAGCUUACCCAAGGGAGAUGUAUGUAUGUUAUUUGAAACUAGACUGGUCUAUUUGAUAUACCCAUAUCUCGGUGCUUUCUUGCUU